AUGUUCAAAAAUCGUGAUACUGAGGGUGCAUUUCAAAUUUUAGUGCGUCGCCAUCUGCAGUGUAAUGACGAAAAGUUUAGGCAAUACUUUCGCUUAACACCAGUGUUAUUUGACUAUGUAUUGAAUCACAUAAGAGAUGACUUAACUUAUAAACCAUACAAUAGACACAAAAAACCAAUAUGCCCAGAAGAAAAGUUGUGUAUACUUGUGAGACAUUUGGCCACAGGAGAAUCUUUUCGGUCACUUGCUUUUCAAUAUCGAGUUAGUCAUUCUUGGAUAAGUGUCAUAAUAAAAGAAGUUGCUGAGGCUAUUAUUAAAAGGAUGUUUGAGUUAACUAUACCGUCGCCUACAGAAAAUCAACUAAGACAAAACAGUAGUCAAUUUUUUUCAAAAUGGAAUUUCCCGAACUGUGUAGGGGCGAUAGAUGGGAAACAUAUAAGAAUAAAGGCUCCCAAACGAAGUGGAUCAUUAUAUUUUAACUAUAAAGAGUACUAUUCAAUCGUUUUGCUAGCAGUCGUUGACGCGGAUUGUAAAUUCACUGCUGUUGAUAUUGGUUCCUAUGGUAGAGAGGGAGAUGCUGGUAUCAUAGGGAAAAUGAUAAAAAAUAAUGCAUUCAAUAUACCAGCACCAAAAGUAUUACCCGGAACAAAUAAUGUUGUACCCCAUGUCAUUGUAGGGGAUGAAGCUUUUGCAUUGCACGAAAACCUGAUGAAACCUUAUCCAAGACAGCAAUCUGUACAUGAUCAAUCAAAAGCUGUAUAUAAUUAUCGACUAUCGAGAGCUCGGAGAACAACUGAAAAUACUUUCGGAAUUUUAUGUGGUUAUUUCAGACUCUUUUUCCUACCUAUUGCUACUGCCCCAGAAACAACAGACAAAUUGAUUACAUGUGCAUGCAUAUUAUAUAAUAUUUUACUGGGAGCAAAAGUUCUUGCUCCAGGUCAAAAACAUUUUGAUGAUGCACUCCCACUACCAACUGAAAAUUUAAUCCCCAUAACAGAACACAAUGUGGGUGCCAAAAUGAAUUACACUCAAAUACGAGAAAUAUUCAAAAAUUAUUUCAACGGUCCAGGGGCUGUUGAGUGGCAGCAUAGUUAUGCAAUGCAACAUUAA